UUUUUAAAACUAAACGUGUUGUAACCAGAGGCCCCGGUAACCACAACAUCCUGGCUGACUGCGUCUCCCAGGCCUAGAAGCACCCUGACGCCAUGCAUUCUGGGAGUGCAGCAGCCAGGACAGGGUCUGAGUGGGCCUGGGGGAGGCAGUCCUUCUGUGCCCUCACCAACGCCCUGUAGAUCCGCUCACGGCCAGCACCUUCUGUCCCCUCCUCCCCAGUGACCUUGCAUAAUACCCAUCUGUCUGUCUUACCCUUGCUUACAAGAUAAAGUCAAACAGCUCGCUCAGAUCACCAAGGCCGCUGGGAGUCUGCAUGUUUCUUCCUCACACACUUCCUCCAUCCAGCUACUCUGGCCACACCGAGACACUGAGACCUCUAAAAUUGCCUCACAGCAACUGGCAGAGAAAUGUUCUUUUUCCAUACAGAUGAGAAGAAGCCAUACUGGAUCAGCAGAAGCCGGUGCAGCCAUCACACGCUGGGGCAGCUGGCCAACCUUCACACUCCUGGUCGGGCUUAGUCACGCCCUCUGCUUCCACAGUGUUUCUCUGUGACCGGAUCCGUCACCUGUCAACUGAACCAGAUGUUGUGACUGAUAGAGAAGUAAAGGAAGAUGCUUGAGAGGUGGCUCAGCAGUGAAGAGCACUUGUUGCUCUUGCAGAGGACCUGGUGACUCAGCAUCCAUAUGAAGCUCACAACCAUUCUUCUCUCCAGUUCUAAGGGAUCUGAUGACCUCUUCUGACCUUCCCAGCUGUUUCUCAUCUGUGGCUCCCGGGGAUCUCUCCUGCCACGGCCUUAGGUACUUCUGGCGUGGAGCGUGGAGCGUGGAGCGCCGCUGGCACCUGCCCUGGGCCGGCCCCGGCUCGGCCCCGGGCCCCCGCGCAGGCCCUGCUCUUCCGGCAUUUAAGGCGCGCAGCCGGCGCGGCUGCAGCUCCGGGCGGUUGAGAGUCACAGCGGACGGGACGCACGAAGCAGGAUGGGCUGCAGGCACAGCCGGCACAGCCGGCACAGCCCGGGCAAGCGCGCGGAGAAGGUGGAAGAAGCAGAACUGGAGACACUGGACAAAGAGGGAAGGAUCCUGGAAGGAAAUCAUGAGGAGGCUGGGCAAGUCCCGCAGACCUCGAAUGCACAGGAGAAAGAUGCUCUUAGUGACUGUGUCCAGGAGGCCAACGCCUCGUUGCAGAACACCUGUGCAAGACAUGUCCCACCCCAGGAGGCCACGCAAGCCAAGAUGAACAAGGUGGACGGGUCCAUCCUUAGCCGACUCUAUAGAAACCACAUCCAGGAUUAUGGGAGCCCUGGCCCAUUCUGGGAGCAAGAGCUGGAGAGUUUGCACCAUGUUAUUGAGAUGAAGAAUGAGCGAAUUCAUGAGCUCGAGAAGCAGCUGCUCCUCCUGGAGAUGCUGAAAGAAAAAAAUCUGAUCUUAGCAUUGAAAAACACCACCCUGCGGCAGGAGGUUGAGGACCUACAAUUCCAAGCUGGGAACCGGGUGGCCGUGUCAAGGCAGCUCCGGAAAGACCUACUUCAGGACCUCGAAAAGGAGUCACAGGAUGGCCACUGCUGCAGCAGACGGAGGAGCCAUUGAACCAUCUGAGUCCUUGAGGCCAGCACCUCCUCCAUCUUACCUGAUGCACCUCAAAGGUGCCUUCCAUGUAAAGGUGCAGGGCCUGGGCCCACUGUGGUUUCCAGACUCACCACUCCCUCCAAAGACUCUGUGGAGAAGAGAGCAAGAGUUACUCCAUUCUUCUCCCAGGAUGGAUGAGGUGGGAGGAAGAGGGAAACUGCUACAGAGCUGAUGGGGGGGGGGGUUGGGCCCCAAGGCCUCUCCAAGAAGUGCCUUCCCUUAGUCGUUCCAGGGAACAGCAGGUAGUUAUCUUCCUCCCUUGGCUCUGUCCUCAGGAGGGCAUUCAAGACUUCUCCCGUGGCAGCUGGAGCCAUUUGUACCAUUGGACAAACUGGGGGCAACCCCAAUCCCAGAUCAUCAGCCUUGCUGACAGUUCACCAAUGUAUCAAGUUCUUAGUGCCACACCCAGAACUCUGACUCAGAGAAAAACUGUAGAAGACACACUCCAAGAAAAAGGAACACAGUAUUGUUUUUAAUGAGUGGGAUGUCAACACGUAGCCUGACCUUGAACUCAAAGUCACUCUGCCUCAGCCUCCUGAGUGCUGGGAACAUAGUGGGCAUGUGCCACCACAUCCAGCCAGAUAAAGGGUUGAAUUUGCUCUAGAGCUAAGCACUGUUACUAUUUUUAAGCAUAUUUAUCUAGGGUCUUAAUGUGAAAAUUAAUUUUUUUUGUUAAAAUAAAACUCUAUUUUCAUGUUCUUUUCA